AUGAGUCCGUGGGAGAGGCAGGUGUGCUUGGCGCCGAGUACCGAUCGAUUCGUGCCGAAUGAAUCGGAAAAAUCGACAAGAAACGACACAUGUACGACGUUUGGCCACAAAACUCGAAUUUCACCCAUAUUUCGAGCAUUUUUUCAGGCUAUUGGUACUUUGUGAGCGAUGCGAUCAGCAGGGAGAUAUUGCGACAAAGCGACGUUCUCGGAAAGUUGUGCUUCGCCGCCGCGUUUCCGCACGGCCGCGCGCUCGUUCACCAGGCGUUCCGACUUUUUCCGCGUGGCGCCGCGUUCGUGGAAGAGCACGGAAUUGUAGAAUUGUGUCGGCGGCUGUUCAUCGAACGCAUCACGUUCCGAGUUCGUUGGUCCGAAUCGCGAAAACAAUUCAUUGUACGAGAAACAUGGGGAAAUUUGCGUCUUUUGCCUUUCUCACUUUUCACGUUGCAGGUGUUCUCUCCGCGCUCGACGCGCGUGCUUCCGUCCGAACCGCCCGUGCUCCCGCUUCCGAUUCCGCCGAAAGCGCUUCGUUAUCUGCGUAAAAAGUCGGCGUUCGAGGCGUUGUUCAACACGAAAACAGCGGCCCACUUUAUAAUCGGAAUGGGCAAUUCGUGCGACUUCAGAUUCCACCAAGACUAG